AUGAGUCCGGAUGACUUAGAUAGGGAACUUGUUAAAAACGGUCUCGGAAUAUAUGAAAUGCCAGCAGAUGAGGUACAAGAAACUCAACAGGAAGAAGUUCAGAUACAACCAGACAUGGAAGAAAUAGUUCAGCAACAACAGCUAGAAGAGCCUGAAGGAAACGAACAAAUCCCUCCUUUGGAAACUAACUUCACAGAACUAGAUGAAGAUUUGGAACAGCCGAAAAAUCUUGACCCUCAACAAGAGUAUGAGGUGAAUAUGGAAUCUUUCCAAGAGUCUAAGAAAAAUUCGGCUGACAUAGUAGAAGAAUAUCGAAAAAUGUUCGCCGACAUACAAAAGACUCCAACAUCAGAUGAAAAUAUUCAGCAUAGAAUGGAAGUACUGAAAGAAAAUGUACGCAAAUACAAUAAUCCUUUUUACUUACGACCAUAUAACGUUCAAUCUUUGGCUGAACUCGGUGAAAAUAAAAGGUUAAAUUUCAACAAAACAUAUAGAAAUGAAACAUUGUUUAAAGUUCAUUCAGAACCUAACCAAUAUGGAAACAAACCUACUUUUGUUUCUGCAGACUAUGGAACUACAAUGAGAUGGGGUCAUAAAGCUAAUCCGGAUAGGUGGUUCAUAAACUUACAACCUCAAUUCCAAGAAGUUGUAGACGCAAUGGAAGUGAAUGGUGAACCAGAUAUAGCUGGUAUUUUCAGCGCGGCUUUAAUGCCAUUGAAAGAUAUGAAAGAUGCAGAUAUUUUGGACCAGUAUGAAAUGAACAUGGCUGAUGGAAAUAUAACACCUGACGUUCUAGAACAUUUAUCUCAAAGAACUACACAGAACCAUAGAGAUGGUAUAUUUGGUGAAGA